GACACCCAGGAAGAAGAAAGAGAAACGCGAAUUUAGCUGAACACCUUCGUGCUUCCUCCUCCAUCUGGAAUCCUCCUCCCAUGGAGCUUUUCUCGAUUCGAUCCGCAUAGAGAGAGAAAGAAGAGAGAGAAAGUCGUCGUCUUGCUCGAUCGCUCGGUCCUGCCUGGUGGUGGUUUGAGAGAGAGAGAGGCGGGGGUGGGGGCGAUGGCGAUUCUUUACGCGCUGGUGGCGAGGGGGUCGGUGGUGCUGGCGGAGUUCAGCGGGACGGCGACGAACGCCAGCCAGAUCGCGCGGCAGAUCCUCGAGAAGAUCCCCGGCGCCCAGGACAGCCACGCCUCCUACUCCCAGGACCGCUACAUCUUCCACGUCAAGCGCACCGACGGCCUCACCGUCCUCUGUAUGGCCGACGACACCGCCGGCCGGAGAAUUCCGUUUGCCUUUCUUGAAGAUAUCCAUCAGAGAUUUGUUAGGACGUAUGGCCGUGCAGUUCUCUCUGCUCAGGCUUAUGCCAUGAAUGAUGAAUUUUCAAGGGUUUUAAGCCAGCAAAUGGAGUAUUAUUCCAAUGAUCCAAAUGCGGAUAGAAUUAAUCGGCUGAAAGGUGAAAUGAGUCAGGUCCGAAAUGUCAUGAUUGAGAAUAUUGACAAAGUUCUGGAAAGAGGUGAUCGCUUGGAAUUGCUGGUUGAUAAAACUGCCAACAUGCAAGGAAACACCUUCCGGUUCAGAAAGCAGACUCGUCGCUUCAGAAGUAAUGUAUGGUGGAGAAAUGUGAAGCUCACGGUCGCGCUCGUUGUUCUCCUUUUGGUGAUUGUAUAUGUUGUACUAGCGUUUGUCUGCCAUGGCCUUGCUCUACCAUCCUGUAUAAAAUGAUGAUCGAUGAUUGGUGAGCUCUUAAGUAUUUUUCUCCCUGCGAUUGAUUUAGCCUCCCCUGUUUUUUUGGUUCUUUGUAUUUGGGUGAAAUUGGGGAUUGUUGUAAGGUGUCUUGGUUCUCUUCUCCAGGAUUUGGAAUACUUCCUUGUGUGGUUGUGUGAGCGUUUGUUUCUAAUGGAGAGUGGAAGAGGUUUAGGUCUCUCAUCUACCGUAUUGUGGCUUGAUGAGUCAAGAACAAGAAAUUUUUUCUGGUGUAAAAUCAAAGAGAUUUUGCUUAGACUUUGGAUUCUUUUCUUCAAUGAUGAAAAUUGGCCAAUCUAGGAUACGCUUUUUCUGCUGCGAUUGAUGUGUGUGUGGCCAAAGAGGAGGAAGAAUGUAAAGAGGAAUGCCCCAACUCCUGAUGGAGCUAUGAAGCCAGCGUUCUUGAACAUUUUCAGAUGCUGAUAUGAAUUUGUGAACAUUCAUCGAGUGCAAGGUUUACUUUUUUGCCAGGAAGGUUCUAUAACUCAGUUGACCGAAUCAUAGGUUUUUCAUCCGUGGGCGGGUCGGUAACUCUGAUGUUAAUCUUCCCAGAUGCGUUGUCAUUUCUAAUCUUUCAUUGGUCAUUUCUCAAAUUUGUUAAUAAGUUUUGGAUUAUGUAGGAUUGUCCUUUUUGUGGGAUGUGAGUUCCCAUGGUGAGAGAUGUGAAUGAGAUGGAGAAACUCUUCUUUCA